GAAUGAAGAGUGUGCAGCGACAUAAGCACUGAAUGACAGAGACAGAGAGAGGAAACCUGUUGUACCCAAAGACAGCGACGGUAAACACUAACCUGCUGCUCAGGUUUGGCAACAGCAAAGUAGUUUCUGUCUGGAUUAACCUGUAUCCGUCAUGUAAGUCAACAGCCAGCUUCAUGUCACUUAUUCGAGACAGCUGACAGUUUUCUGUACAGAUACACUAUUGUGCACUUAACCUUGCUGGAGGAAGACAACAAACAAACAAGAUCUUCGCCAAGUGGAGCGGUGUGGAAAGAUCCUUUACCCCAAUGGCAGCCAGGGACAACUGGGAAUGGGACCACAGCCUGAAUCCUCACAGCCUCCGGAAUGCUUUCAGGUCAUUAAGCCCUGAGUUUGAUUUGUGGGGGAAUGCCCUCUUUAAAUCUCGGUCCUCAGCAUGGAGUUGUAUGGGUUUAUCUGGAUCAGGUCACCGCUCCAAAAUCAGCACCAGCUCUGUUGGCAGCCAGUGUGGGAUGAAACAGAGUGAAUCGGCUGGCUUGAGAAGAUGGCAGUCUGCCUCUCGUCUAGCACCCGAGGGUGCUCCUCAAGCCCUCUCUUCUCAGGGUGUUGAACUGCGAGCUGCGCUGGAGGAGAGCAGCACAAGGAGGGCAGAGCUGGUCCAGAAGCUCCGGGAGGCUCAUGGACGUCUGGAUGCCCAGACUGACCUCCUGAAGGCUAAGGAGACCCAGCUUCUGCACAGCCAGAGCACCACUCAGCUGCUGGAGCUUAAGCAUAAGCAGCUGACAAAGGCACUGAGUGCUCUUGAGGAGGAGAAGGAGGCAGCUCAGCUAAGCCGCUUUGAGGAGAGCCGUCGCCGGUCAGAACUGCAAGAGAAAGUAAACAUGGUGGUGCAGCUGGAGAUGGACUUGUUGAAGAUAAAAUCUAGCCUGGGGAGAAGGAACUCUGAUCAAAGCUCAACAUCACAAACAAACCCACAGCUCAACAAGACAAUGCCUGUAACAAAAGAUGACUUCCUCAGAGAGGGACAGAAACAGACAGGGAAGGAGAUGAAGAAACUCAAAGAAGCUCUCAAGGAGGCUGAAGAGAGAGCAGAGACCUUGGAAGCUGAAAGGGAUCAUGCUUUAAAGCAAUUCUAUUCCUCCAAAGAGGGUCACCACAAGACAUUGAACCAGGCUGACGAGCUGAAGCAGAAGCUGAGCACAUCCAUGCAGGCCCAAAGCAAGCUGCAGGAACAGCUCAGUGAGAGCCGAAGCCGCCUGGGCCAGCUGGAACUGGAAAAAGACCUGCUCUCCACCAAAGCACUGCGAUUAGAGGACAAUCUAGAGGACCUGAAAGUGAAGCUGUCUGCAGCUUUAGCUGAUAAAGACCGACUGGUGCAGGAAAAGGCUGACCUGCAUCAGAGGACCCAGAGUUUGAAGCUGCAGCUGCAGAGAGCCCAGCUGGGCAGAGAGGGAUUCACUGAGCAGGUGUGUGAGCUACACUCAGAGCUAACUCAGGCCAAGAGCGAGGCCAGCAGACAACAGCAGAGCACCUUACUAAUGAAGGAGGAACUACAUUCAGCCAAAGAGGUGAACGAGAAACUGUCAGCAGACCUGGCUGCAGCCACAGAGAGGCUUCAGGUGACGCUAAAGCAGCUACAUGAGCUGGAAGCGGAGAAGCUGAUCCACACCAAUCAGAUUGCAGCUCUAGAGACUGAGCGCUUGCAGCUAAUUGGAGAGAAGGAGGAGCUGAUAGAUGUAUUUGAUCAGGGGAAUCAGGAAGAACUCAGGGAACUGAGGGAAAGAUGCUAUCAGCUCAGAGAAUUAAAGGAAACUUUGGAGCAUGAGAAGCAAGACCUUCAGACGCACAGCCAGGGCCUGGAAAAGAAAGUGCAGAACAUGGAGGCGGAGUUUGGCUGUAAGGAGGAGGAGCUACAGCGCAUGGAGGUGGAGCUAGAAAAAGAGAAGGAGGAGCUGAAGAAAGUAGCAGCUCACUGGAAUGAGCGAUGGCUGGAUGUGGCGAUGACACUGCAGUCCACUCAGGUGCAACUUGAAGAGACCAAGAAACAACAGCAGCAUACUGAGGCUCUGAGGGAAGAGGCAUCAGGAAUGGCCAGCAUGGUGGAGAUGCUUGAGACACAGCUGAAGGACAGCCAGGAUCAGAUCCAGAGCUUGCUUGAACAGAAAACACACCUGGAGACAGAGCUGUGCAGAGUGAAGAAAGAAGCUGGUGCUUUGGAGCGAGUGGAACUAGAUGCCUGCAGGCAACAGCUAGAUCUGGAGCGAAGCAGAAGCCAGAGUCUACAGCAGAGACUGAUGGGAAACCCUCUGUCUCUGGAGGAGAUGGAUGGAGAGCUGGUGCAGGUGAAGGCUGAGCUGCAGAAAGUGUGGGACAUGCUGAAGAGCCGAGACACUGAGCUGGAGGAGCAGCAGCAGGAGCUACAGUCUGCUCGGGGCCAGGUGACCCAGCAGAGCACUGAGGUACAGAGACUGGAGCAGCAGCUGGCAGAGAGAGAGCAGGAACUGAAAGAAAGGGAUCUUACUCUAAGGAAUCUAAUGAGUCAGAAAGAUGCAGAGAAAACUGAGGCCCAAAACAAGAUAACUGCUCUAGAGAAAGAGCUUGCUGGACUUAAAGCGCUGAAGAUAGACCAGACACUGCGCACUGAUCAACCAGACACUCAGGGCAUCAACUCCCUGAAAACCCAACUAGAUGAGUGCAGGAAGACAUCUGAGCAGCAGAAGCAGGAAAGAGAUCUGGCUCUACAGAGACAGCAUUCACCUAAACAUCCCCAACAGGUUAAUGAAUGGCAAGGAUCACCAUCGGUGACCAGAAAAGCAAAAUCAGUCAGCUUUGAUCUCAUAGACCCUGACCAGCAGAGGAGGCUAAUCACAGAGCAACUGAAGAGUCUGUUUAAGGAGAGAGAGCAGCUGGGUGAUAAGGCGUCUCCAGUGCUCCAGAGAAGAGCUGCCUCAGUGGUGGACCGUGGCCCAAAGUCUAAAGCCAUCAAGAAUUCCACAGACUUACUGAGCAGUGACAGGCAGCUGGCGCACAUGCAGGAUCUGGGCGUCCAGCAGGGGGCAGGAGAGAGCACUGCAGCCAAUGCAGUGGGAGCUCAGUCUGAACAACCGGCCUCUGAGAAAGGAUUGCAGGGGCGGCUGAGACAGGAGGUCAGUUGUGAAUUGCCGGAUCAGAUGUCAGCACUGAGUGUGGAAAUGGAAGAGCUUAAAGACAGAAAUGAAAAUCUCCUCAAAGCCAAGCUGAAGGCUCAGCAGCAGAUCCAGGAUGUAAGAGUGACAGAAAGGUGUAGAGAGGACACUGUUGCUCCCUGCUUGCCAGGCUUCAUUGAUGAGGAAGAGGAGGCUCUGAUGACGAAUCCACCCCCAUUAUGUGUGGAUGGAACAUUCCUAGCCAGACAGGUGGAGGUGUUUGACUCAGAGAUGGAGGAUGAGGAAGUGGUGCUUGACUAAAUGAAUGUAUUAUUUGAGUUUAUAACCUGUGUGGAAACCUCACUCUGUGCUGUGUGUGAUUAACUCAACAGAUGCACUUUAAAGGCAGUGCCUCAUAGUUUUUAACAGCACAGUUUAACAAGACUUUUUAUGGCAAUAGAUGAGGCUUUAUUACAUGUCCAGUACUAAAGAUUGAUCUCAGAUGGGGCUCCACAUACUCUAUAGGCCAAAAUUAUGAUGGAUGAUUUAUGUCUAUGUAUUUUGCUUGUAGUUUAGUGUCUCAGUGCUCAUGGCUCAUGGUGAACAGUGAGUUGCGGGAUGUUUGUUCUUAUUGUCUAAUAAAACUUACUAACACAGAAAUGA